AUGUUCAACUUCGAGCCCAACCCAUCAUGUAGUAUCUGCUGUGAGUACUCCUUCAUCAACGAGAUAUGUAUGCCUCGCUAUCAAAAUCCUCCAGAAUUCUCCAGAUUCCCCAAAAUGAAAGAAAUCCUCCCGACCACCGAAAGAAUCUCCAACAUGACCAUGUGGCUUGAAGUCACUCGCAUCUUCGACUUCAUCACAUUCGUCUUGUCUACAUUCAUCAACGGUGUCCUUCUGAAUCUCAUCAAGACUGCGUCACCCAAACAUUUCGGGAAUUAUGUCUACCUCAUGAUGUCAUUUUCGGUCAACAGCUUGAUCUUUGCCGUCAUUCACGCGUUCCUUCAACCAAUAAUCUCCACGGAGAAAUACGUGCUGUUUGUGUUCACAUCGACCAAUUACUUGGAAGUACCACGUGGAUUCAUGAGAGUACUUCUAUCCGUCUACGGAACCAGCUACAGUCAAGCCUUGGUGCUCAUCGCCGUUCAAUUCAUUUACAGAUGUUUUUCAAUAAGCCGUCGGAAGUUUUUGAUCUACUUCAAGGGGAGAUGGCUGUUCUUCUGGUACGCACUGGUUGGAGUAUUCGGGAUCAAUUGGGGUCUUUGCAUCUUUUUCAUAGCUCAGGAGAACCCACAAGUCGAUGAGAUUUUGAGACCUCUAAUGGCAUCAAGUUUUGGUCUAAACAUGUCCGACGUCUUCUAUGUCGCAGCUAGUUACGAAGUCGAAGAUGAGUUCAAGAACAAGGUUUUGAACUGGCCAGUUAUCUUCAUGAUCAUCAAUUUUGCCUCUAUUAUGGGUCUUUCCUUCGCCAUCAUCGUCCUCUGUUUCUGUUUCAUCCACUUCAAAAUGCAGCGUGUCACCCACUCGAAAGUCUACGAAGCAGUCCAACAGCAACUGUUCCGUGCCCUAAUGUCCCAGAUGAUUAUUCCAUUGGUUUUGAUCUACCUCCCUAUUAUAAUCGUCAUGAUCCUCCCGAUUUUCCAUCUUAAGAAUGAUGCAUGCAUGAGUCUCACCUCUAUCUUGAUCUCUAUUUAUCCAGUUUUGGACCCCUUCGCUGUAAUCAUGAUAAUUUCAGUCUACCGGCAAGGGUUCUUGAAUAUGUUCACAAACCACCCGAAGACUAAUCAGAUUUCGAAUUUGGAAAUGAGCACUUGA